UUACCUCUAUGCUCACUCACAAGGAGAACAAACACUCAUCGGUGCUACAUAACAACAGAGAGGAAACAUGAGUUCAGGGAGCUGGAGCCACGAGGUCGCUGUCAAUGUCGCCGCAGGACGGAUGUUCAAGGCGGCAAUGCUCGACUGGCACAACCUCGGCCCUAAGAUUGUGCCUGACUUUAUUGCCGGUGGCUCCGUGGUGUCUGGAGAUGGAUCUGUAGGAACCAUCCGAGAGAUCAAGAUCAACAAUCCUGCCAUACCUUUCAGCUAUGUGAAGGAACGCCUGGAUUUCGUAGACCAUGACAAGUUCGAGGUGAAGCAGACCCUCGUGGAAGGUGGAGGUUUAGGUAAGAUGUUUGAAUGUGCCACCACUCACUUCAAGUUCGAGCCCUCGAGCAACGGUGGAUGCCUCGUCAAGGUGACUGCAUCCUACAAGAUUCUCCCCGGUGUCGCCGAUGAGAGUGCAAAGGCGAAGGAGGGAAUAACCAACCACAUGAAGGCAACCGAAGCUUACCUCCUAGCCAACCCAACUGCCUACGUUUAAAUAUAGUGAUUGUGUUUCUUUGCGUGAAGUUCUUGUGAGUUUGAAUAAGGAGAUUGGUUAUGAGGAAGCUUGAUGGGGUCAUACAUAGUUAGUUUAUGUUGAAUGAUCAGCCUUUUUUGUGUGAAGUACUUGGGAGUUUGAAUAAGGAGACUGGAUAUGAGAAAGAUUGAUGGGUUUAUCGUUCAUGUUGAAUGAUCAGCCUUAUCAGUUUGUAACAGUGUCGAAUGAUCAGUCUUAUCAGUUUGUAAUGGUAGCUUCAAGCCAUACGCUUAUUUGCUUUAAAAUUUUUGAGUGUUC